AUGAACAGACGACAGAGAGCGUUGCACUUCAGCAUGUUUGGGAUCAUGGCGCCGGCCGCCAACUGGAGCGGAGUCAGACCAGCUGUUCAGCCUUGAUAUGCUCAGAGGAGAGAUAGGUCAAUUAGCAUGGGUAGCAAGAAGCACAAACGUCAUCGUGGUGAAGGAGGAGCCACUCCAGACCAUGAGGUUUCCAUAGAUGAUCCACCAACUAUGACUGCUGAAACGUCUGAGACACGACUGCCAGGCCUCAAGCUUAUCUUGAAGGUGGGCUCUGGUGGUUCAGCAACCCCAGAGCGAGUUGCAUCUCCCAUGCCUGGUUUGAGUCAUCACAGCCAUCAUGAUGAGCAUCAUUCUCAUAAGAAGAAGGAGAAAAAGAAGAAAAAGAAAAAAGAGAAGGACCGAGACAAAGAGAGACAUAAGCAUAAGCAUCACCAUCGUGAUCGGGAGCAUCAUCGGAAGCGGGAUUAUAACAUUGAAAGAUUGGAAGAAGAAAGAAGAAGCUUAACACCAACAGGGGUGGUGGAGAAUGUAAGUGGAAAUGUGAGCACAACAUCUUCGAUUCGUGGCCCAAGCAGUCCAGGUGCAAUUAGCAACACCAGUGGAGGUGAUCGUCCUAUACGCACCUGUGUCCUCAAGAAGCAGAAGGAAAGGAAGCCCUUGAAUGACCUCCUGGAGUAUCUUUUAAAAUGUUUUGAGAAGAAGGACCCACAGCAGUUCUUUGCAUGGCCAGUGACAGACAAUAUAGCUCCAGGCUAUUCUUCUAUUAUCACCCAUCCCAUGGACUUCUCUUCAAUGCGAGGCAAGAUAGUUGGAAAUGAAUACACCUCCCUGGAUGAUUUUCGCUCCGACCUGGAUCUGGUUUGUCGUAAUGCCCAGACCUACAAUCAUCCUGAGACUGUGUACUUCAAGGCAGCCAAGAAGCUUCAGCAUUAUGCUCAUAAACUUAUGUCCAAGGAGAAGCUUACUUCCUUAAGGACAGAAUUACCAUGCUUGGUUGAGAUUCCAGCUUCUGAACUGGGUUUUGUAGUGAAGCCACCAACACCCCCGCCCAUGCUGGGUGAACCAAUGGACACCACUGAGGUGGUUCUGGCUGAAAAUGCAAUGAAAACAGAGGAAAGUGCCAGUGCAAAUGAUGAAGUUACAGAGAAGAGAGAAGGGAGUAGAAAGAGAACAUAUUCUGAUGACUUGACCCCAGAGGAGAUCUACACUUUAGCUCAAGCUGCAUCCCAAGGUGCAUGUGAACAAUUGACAAUGCGGAAGGCCAAUGCCAAACUGAGUUUCUUGCGGCAGAGGGAUGAUGGGACAACGACACUGAAUGUUGUCUGCCCAACUGUGGGUGAAGAAAGACCUGUAAAUUUGGGAAUGUUGACCAACAAACUUUCACAAGGUCUGGGAAGCAUAGCUGGAUUUCGAGAGGACAAGCGAAACCUAUUGAAGACAGUGAAACCCCUCUACUAUGGACCAUUCUGCUCUCAUGGACCUUCAUAUGAUUCCCAAUUUGCAAAUGUUAGCCUGGAAGAGUCACAGCUCCUUCUCUCAACCUAUGCAGAUGAGUCAGCUCUCCAGUAUGCAGAAAGUAUCAUGAAGUUUGCUGAGGACACAGACUAUACCUUAAACAUCGCAAAUAAUCUCCUGGACUCCCUGACAGAUGGAGAUCACUCAGCCAUCAGAGCAACUCUACUAGUUGGAAAGGAGGGGUCCAAGGGGAAAGAUACUGUUGCUGACAUAUAUCAGCAGGAUACAGAUGAAAAUAAUGACAUUGACUUUGAUUCCAUUCGAUCCCUUGAGAGUAUGGGAAUUGAUGUGUCAUUCCUGAAUGAAAUGCAGGAGACAAUGAAGAAAGAGCUUGAGCUUCAGAAGGGCCUUGAUGAAAAUGCCAAGACAUUAAAGGAGCUGCAUGAAAUGCAGCACACUCGACUAAGUCUCCCAUUACCGCAGCACCUGUCCAACGUUGUAGUAGCAUCUGACCAAGAACAUGCAUUGGCAGAACAGGUAGUGAAUAACCUGGGAGGGAUGCUGCAGCAAGUGCCUCCUGGAAGUGUUACACCCUUGGUUAGCAUAAGGAAGGCAAUGGGAAUAGGGAUGCAGAUGCAAAGGCCUGUCAACAAUGAUCUUGUUGAUGAACUUGAUAAACUUAUUGGAGAAGCUGCACAAAAUGCUGCAUGAGAUCUAUUUUUUAAUGGACUAUACCAUUGAAUGGAUACCAUUAUGCUACAGUGCUUGCAAUGCUUUUGUCACUUGUCUUUUCAUCUCAUACCUUUCAAAACUUUUUUGUUCAAAAGUGACAGGCUCCCUGUAAGAAAUGAACUUAUAUAAUUUUUUUAAUUUUGGAUAUAAUUUCAUGCAUUGAUUCUCAUGCAUGCAGUUCAACAAGCCAAAAGAGAUCUAGACCAAUGGUAGAAGUGUUUUCAUUCCUUUGCAUCAUCCAUCAACCAGUUCAACUCUCGUUCAAUAAAUUUUCAGUAUUUGGGGAAUAAAGAAUUUACAUCAUUUGGGGA